AUGGCCGCGGCGCAGCCCGCCCUCCGAGGAGCGUGGCAGCCGAGCGACCGCGAGCUGUUCGACCAGGACGCGGGCAGCCCAGCGGACGCCGGGGGCGAGCGCGCCCGCGUCGGCAAGUGGUUGUCGCGGGCGCUGCAGGCGGAGCGCGCCGCCGUCGCUCGCCUGCUGGAGGCCCGGCACUCCGUCCUGGUGCAGCAGUUCGAGCGCAGGGGACAGCAAGGCCUUGGCCGCGCACAGGUCACUUCGGCCGACGAGCUCACGCGCUCCGCGCCCGUGGGCGCCCUGCGGACGCUUGCGCCGCCGAGCCCGAGGACGCUGCCCGGGUCCUUGGCGGACAGCGCCGAGGCGCCCGAGGCGCCCGGCGGGCAGCCGAGCGGGGUGCUUCCGGACCUGGCUUGGGACGCCGUCAAGCUCCAGGAUCGCGACGACAGCUUGGUCACCACCCGAGAACUGGACACGGUGCCCACGACGGCGACGGCGAGGGCUUCUGCCGAUAGCGCGGCCCCGCUGCACCAGGCCAGCACCAGCGACGUCCACUGGCGCUCGAGCCAGCUGAGCGUGCAGUGCCGCAGGACCAGCGCGCAGGUGAUCAACAGGGUGACUUCGACGGUUUUCCGCAAGCGCGAGGAGCAAACGACGCGUCUCGGCAGGCUCGUGACCAGCACCCGCUUCGAGGCCGCCGGGGCACUUCUCGUCAUCGUGCUCGCGGUCUGCAUGGCGAUGGAAUCGCAAUAUUCGGGGCUGGACCUCGGCUUCCAGCUGGGAUACGGGUCUUACUUCAGGCCGGCUGCGCGGGUCUGGCCCUGGGCCGUCGAUGUGCUCGACGUAAUGAGUUUUGUGCUGGGCGUCGCGUUCUGCUUUGAGCUCGCCUUGAAGCUCCUAGGGCUCGGACUGCACGGCACUUUUAAAGAAGUCUGGAGCAUCUUCGACGCCGUGAUCACGGUGCUGUGGAUUGCAGAGGUCGUCCACUUGGAUCGCCAGGUGCACUCGGACGCUCAUUUGAUUCGGGUUAUCCGCAUAUUCCGGCUUGUUCGCUUCAUACGGCUGGUCAAAACGACGAGGAUGCUCGAUUCCUUGUACUUGAUCUGCACUGCUCUGAGAGGAAGCGUUUCAGCCUUGGGCUGGGCUUCCGUUAUACUAUUCCUCGCCCAGGUCCUCGUGGCGUUCCUCAUAACCGAAACCUUGAGCCUCUGCUACUUCAACGAUGACCGAAACGACGAGCAGCAGCGGAGAGAAGUGUUUGAGUAUUUUGGCACAUUCACCAGGGCCGUCCUCUCCACAUUCGAGAUGACGCUGGCGAACUGGCCGAUCGCCUGCCGGCUGCUCGCCGAGAACGUGAGCGAGUGGUUCGUCGUGCUCUGCCUCGUGCACAAACUGACCGUAGGCUUCGCGGUGGUGGGAAUCAUCAACGGCGUGUUCAUCCAGGAGACCUUCAAGUGUGCCCACGACGACGAUUUGAUCCUCAUACGCCAGAAGGAGCGCGCCCUCGCCACGCACGUCAAGAAGAUGCGAAAGCUCUUCCAGGCCGCCGACCAGAACAACAACGGAGUGCUGGACCGGGAAGAGUUCAAGCGCAUCCUGCAGGACCGCGACGUGAGGACGUGGCUCACCGCGAUGGACUACGACCUUGAUGACACGGACAUGUUCUUCAGCAUGCUCGACGCAAACGGCAGCAACACGAUCUCCCCAGAGGAGUUCGUGAACGCCAUCACCCGCCUGCGCGGCGUCGCCAGGUCGGUCGACGUCAAGCGGCUGCUCACGGAGUUCUCCAUAGACGCCAGGGGCGGGAUGCGCUGA